AUGCCUCGAGGAACUGGGUCGAGUCUCAGACACAAAUCCCCCGGCAAUGGCUCGUCGCAUGAAGACCGUGUGGGCCGCCCCAUGGUCCGAUAUCUCUUGGAUACAUAUUCCGUAGAGCAGAUUAAAAAGCUGUUUGAAGAAGAAGCAUGUGCGCUGCCAUUAUCGCCAUUAUUGUUAUCGCCUUUACAAGAAGAUGACGCUGGAGAUGAUGCAGACUCGUUAUCGCCUGAAUCUGAACCGACCUCAAAAGCUACGAUUUCUAGCACGGCUUGCCAGAUCAUUGCAUUGCCGCCAUCUUUAGAUACCGUUGGAACAGCUUUCAAACCCAUCAACAGUACAAUUCUUUCAAUCACUGCUCUCGAAGAAAGCCCUGAGGCUAAUGGCAUUACAUCUUUGGACAAUGCUGUUGUCUGUCGGGGACAAGAAGAGCUCACGGCGGAAGAAGCGCUUUCUACUCUGGCAAAAGAUGACGUCGCAGAAAACACGGACGAGUUAAAAGUAGACAAACAUACAAAGAAGCAGAAAGAGUACAUUUGCGGCUUCUGUAGCGAGUACGGGUUCUAUAAGAGGCUGUCAAGGCCGAGCGACUUGAAGCGUCACUUGGAAAGCACGCACCAUACCAACAAUCUGUGGGUCUGUCCCAAAGAAAACUGCCGGAGGGUCUUUCAGUGGCUGGGGGCCUUCAAAGAGCACGCCAGAUAUUAUCACAAGGCACGCGUUAGGAUUUACGACGCCGAGGUUAUCACGCUUUGUCCCCAAACUGUCUUUGCGUGCGGCUUUGAAGGCUGUAGCCAAGUCUACGAGGCAGUAUCGGAAUUUGAAGCGAGCCCAGCAAGAGACAAAUAUAUCGCCCACGUCGUCACCCAUUUACAGAGUUCCCUGGAAAAGCCCAGAGCUUGGACUUUUACAUUUAGGAUGCGCAACCUGCUGAGCCAAAGUGCUUUGUCCAAUAUUUGGCCGCCUCCGUCACUGUCAUACGAGCAGAAUCUUCAGCUCAAGUGGGAUGCCCGGUCUGGCAGCGUGCUUCAAAAGCUUCUAGAGACAAGACACCUCGGUAGCCCAAGCUCAUUGAUUCGCAAUGCGAUUGCUUUGGGAUCGGUUUCUUGCAGAGAAGUUCAGCUUGCCCGAGGCAACGCUGUAUUGCCCAUUCUUGGUCAGUGUCAGGCCGAGGUGCUUCAGAUGGAUAUGCCUGCCGUUCAAGCCACUCCUUCGCCAGCGGAGCCUGCUGAUGUCACUGCGGGAUCUGCCAUUGCCAAGUGCAGUGAAUCUUUGGUCGCUCCCAAUCAUAGUGAUGCGCUGGAAGCCUAUCGACCAGAGCAUUCGCAUCAGGACGCGAUGCAAGAGAUACUGGACUGUCUUCAUGACCAGCCUGUAGAGCAGCAAUACCUUUCGGAAGAUUUUACAGACUCAAUGGAGUGGCUUGAGAACAAUGACAGUGAGGAGGGCAAUGACAUUCUCUAG